UCAUGAUGCGUCAAUCAAAUCCUACGUGCGAACCCCUCAAUAAUCGCAUAUGCCCAGAAAACUACGCCAGAGCUUAAGCUAGCCUGCUUAAAAUUCAACGAGACAGUUGCAGCAACAUGCCAACACAAGAAAAGGUGCCAACAACAGGUGUUGAAAACACAAAAAAAACGAAAGACGGGUUUCGGGAAAAGCUGCCAAGAAAAAGGCUGAUGCAGAGUGACCCAAGACCAGAGUGAACAUCAGUGAUGCGUUCCAACGGUGGCGACACCUGAAAGCCCAGAAAGGGCUGCAAAGUGACACCAUGGUCUUUGGAAUCUUUUCAGAGUAUCUGUUGUUUUUUGGCAUCACAUUAGUGUUACCUAAAAAGUACCAAACGUUACCGAUGCCACGCAGUGCUCGUGGAUUCGUGUGGAGCCAAAGCUCAUCGUGAACAAGCAUUGCGUGUGAAGGUCCAACUCUAGUGUUCACGGUUCGCCACUGGUUUUCACACAUUCCCUGUAAUUCUCACAAUAUGCCUGGGUGUCAUUUUUCAUCCUACGAGUAUGCAGUCAGUGUUUCCCAGAGCUUUAUUCUCUCUGAGAUCUCAUGUUGCGCAUGAAACCAUGAUGAUGAGGUCUGGCUGCCUGUGCGUCGAGAUAAAACAUGUAAUGGUGGUUUUGAUGACCCAACAAUGCAGCAGGAUUUCUCUCAGUGCUGUCUCUGCCGACACUGGUCAGUCUGACUGUGACAGUUGUCGCUGCGUUACAGUUGAAGAUAAACACACACGAAGAUGUCUGCACAGAAUUCUAUCGGUAGGCUAGAGAACUACACUGGUGAAAGUCUUUUUGUUCCUAGUUAAAUGUGGGCUGUAAUGGAAUAAGAAGCUAUAGUGUGAUAUAACUUCAUUCAAUAUCAAAUAACAAAGGCUCAAUUAUAUAUUGAUUUAAUGUUUAUGUGCUGUGCAAACACACCUUGAGUCACAGCACAUAAUAGCUUUCAUUGUUCUGCCUCAAAAUUGUUCAACCCAUUAACCCAUGGUAACAUUUUAUUAUGAUAACCCAGCCCUAUUCCAAGUUAAUGUAAUUAAUCAACUGGCAACCCAAAUAUCUAAUUGUUUUCUAUGACAGUAUUUCUCAAUCCUGGUCCUCGGCACACCUGAUUCAAGUGAUCAGCUCGUCACCAAGCACUGCAGAAGCCUGAUAACGAGCCAUUUAUUUGAAUCAGGUGUGUUGGAGCAGGACCAGGGUUGAAAAACACCAUCCAUAAGAAAAACAACUGCGUUUUUUUAACCCCCUUUCUUCUAACAAAUGAGACAACUUCUCAGAUAGUAAGGUUAUAUACCUUAGACAUGAGCAGUCUUAAGAGAACUUUGACCACUUUGGGAAAAUGAGUGUGUAAAUGAAAAACGGCAAAGAGGCAAACAUUGGUGCAUGCACUCAUUGUUAAAUGUUAAAUACAUGCGAGUGUUAAGGCCUUCCGCUCUUUGUCAGUUGAACUUCUCUCCCGCUUCCUGUGUUUUUGUUUUUUUCUCCAGUGGAAUAUUCUGUAAGUGUUGCUGCGUGUCUGUGUGUGUGUGUGUGUGUGUGUGCUGACCUUACAGUAUCAUUUUACAUGACGAGCUGGUGAGGAAUUAAGACCAAACUUUGAGCUGAAGAAGACUGUGAACGGGUAGUUUUCAAGAAAUAAAUAAAUAAUUGCUAGUUGAUUCUGAAUGAAUUAAUACUUUGAUAUUUAGUUUGUUCAAUGCAAUUAUCGACGCUAAUAAAUUUGCAGACAUGCGAUCAGCUCAGAGCGAUAAUACCAAGUGUGACUAAAGGUAUCCAUGUUCAUUGCUUUUGCUUAGCAGUAAAGCACUCAAAUGAACAUAAACUAUUCAUACGUGGCUUUGCAGGAAUUAAGCCAAAUCAUCAUGAAUAUCUUGAGCAAAUUUCAGUGUGUGCAAAUAUCGUUGCUUUUUGUUGCUCGCUCCCCUCUACUCUAAGGUUAUCCUCAGAAAUGUGAAGGUGAGGGUAAGUGCACAGUGAAAUAUAUUAGUUUUAUUUUUCAACAGAAAGUAGAAACCUGAAGAAGUGACCUGCAGAGUGCAUUGAGAUGCAGCUGAUGACACACACAACUUUGACCAUGGACUCCUUUAGCACAAAGAACUUAGCCCUGCAGGCGCAGAAGAAGCUGAUGAGCAAGAUGGCCACCAAAAGCAUGGCCAACCUCUUCAUCGACGACACCAGCAGCGAAUUACUGGACGAGCUGUACCGCGUCACUAAGGAAUACACCCGAAACCGCAAAGAGUCGCAGAAGAUCAUCAAGAACUUGAUCAAGGUUGUGGUGAAGCUGGGAGUGCUCUACAGAAACAACCAGUUCAACAGUGAGGAGCUGCUCCUGGUGGAGAACUUCAGGAAGAAAGUCCACACUUUAGCCAUGACGGCGGUCAGUUUCCACCAGAUCGAGUUCACUUUUGACCGCCGCGUCAUGAGCGCCAUUUUGAACGAGUGCCGCGAACUGCUGCACCAGGCCAUCAGACGCCACCUGACGGCCAAGAGCCACUCGAGAGUCAACCAUGUCUUCAAUCAUUUUGCCGACUGUGACUUCCUGGCCGCUCUCUACGGGCCGUCGGAGGUUUAUCGUGCUCACCUGCAGAGAAUCUGUAACGGGGUCAACAAGAUGCUCGAUGAUGGGAACCUCUGACCUCGGUUUGCCUCAUCAUCAGGCACCUUUACCUCGAGUCACCCCUCAUGUAUUUCGUAGGAUUUCAAUCAUGAACGUUUUUAUUUUAUUUUUUUUUUCCCUUUGUUGGUUUGUGUUUGUGUGUGCCGUUCAGAUAUUACUGUAACACUGAAUUUUUUUUGGCUAGUUAGUCCAAAGUCUGUGUCUUCACCAGCCUGACUUUCUGUUAUUUCACAGCUAACAAAACCCAGCAUUUACUCUGUUUUCUUUUUCAAAAUGAAUGUAAAACAUCAUGCUCUUCAGUUUAUUCCGCUGUAGGAACCUUGACAAUUGUGCCUUGAAAAAGCUCAUCAGUUUCAUUCCGAGGGUGCUGUCCUGGCUCUUCUACCUAAUCAAAAAGACAUGAAUGCAGGCACAGGCCUCUAGCUUACGCUCUGUUGGGUGCCUUUUUAAUGGGCGACAAUGUUUCCGGGUGCAUCAGCAGAGGAAAGAAAGUGAAUUUUCAUCUUCUCCAAAUACCUAAGGAAAUAAAGUGUUUUGUUUU